UGGAAAAGUUUGGAACACGACAGCAAGGAUAUUAUGAUGCAGAUGAAAGAAUAGGAGGCAAGGAAGAUGGAAGUGCCAGCAAGGACGAAAAAGGAAAGGAGAGCUAGCUCUCGAGGCUCCCGGGAGUGUGAAUGAAGAUAGAAGAAGCGUUGAACCUGUGAGGUAGACCGGAAGAAAGUGACAAUGUUGCAGAAGGAAGUGAGAUGGUGGAAUCGAACUUGGGUGAAGCUUCCAUUGUAAGGGAAGUGACCAUGGAUGCAUCGGCAGCGCCGAAUCCGCCGAUGGCCAACAAGCUGGACAUGAGGGAGUCAAGCCUACAAAGGCUGGAGGGUGAUGUUGAUCAGUUAGGAAAAGAACUGGUUAAUGUGCGGGUCGAGAUGACGAGAAAAGAUGAGGAUAUACGGAAGUUGAUUGACGUUGUAAAGCACUUAGCGCAGGUCGCAGGGAAGCUGCGGCAAUCGGAGGCAGACCGCCUGAAGCAGGAAGGCCUUUUGGCAAACUUAGGGGAUGAGUUGGAGACCCUGGAGGCGAAGGCGCUGAAGGCUGAAGAGAAGAUGCUUGCGCGGAAAUGGAAAUUCAAGGCUCUAUCCUGGGCAAUGGAAGAGUUGAAGGAGGAAUCAGUAGCCAUGAAAGAGGAGGUUGGGAAGCUGAGAGAGGAGGCUGAGAGAGCCGCCCUGGAGGGAAUGUUGAAGGAUAAGCAAAUUGAAACAAUGCAACAGAGGAUGGAUAGAUUGGAGCUGGCCUUGCAACGUGCCACAAGGGGCAAAUACGAAGCAGAAAAGGAGUGCAAAACACUCAGAAAGGUUGUUCUUGAAGUCGAGAGGAUAAGGGGCGAUCUGGGGGCAGCAUGGCAACAUGGGGAGAUCCUCGUCUGCCACAUCAACAAGCUGACGGCAUCUGCGAAGUUGAAAACCACAGAGCUGGACAGCGUCAAGCAGAAGCUCAAGGAUACACAAGACAUGGCUCAGCUGAUGGCAGAAGAGGUUGAGGAAAAGGGAAUAAGGGUUCUGAAGCUUGAAGAGGAUGUCAAGGUGCACACUGAAAGAGGGAAAAUGAUGGCGCAGUUGCUGGAUAGGCUUGCGGGUUUCUGUGACGAGGUUCACAAACAGCUCAGGGGAGACAGGAGGGAAAGGGGAGGGAGCAUUGGAAGUGGAGGAAGUGCAGUUGCAGGAGAGACUGAGACAAGUCCUUUGGAAAGCCCAUUGUGGGCUUCAAUCAGGAGCAACGGCAAACUGCAUGCGGGAGAGCUGCGAGCAGUGGACGUGGAGAAGGUGGAAACAACGUUGAAGCAGAGAGCGGAUCUAUUGCAAGAAGUCAUCUUAGAGAAAAACGCAGCUAUAAAGAGGCUGGAGACAGAACUCAACGAGGCCAAGGGUCGGCACCAGUGUUCACAAGAGGAGCUGCAACAACUUAAGGCGAGGAUUGGUAUCUUGGGGGAGGUUUUAGAACAGCAAGAGCAGCAGAGGGAAGAGUUGACUGUUGAGUGUGAAAGACUGAAGGAUGGAGUCAGGUGCAUGGCACGGGAACUCGGCGAAGCCAAGGAGGAAAGAGAACUCCUGCGGAGUCAGGUGUCAGAUCUGGAGCUUAAGCUUCAGAGAGUGGGCACUGAAGAAGGGGAGCUUAGCAGAGGGAUGGAGGAAAAACUCGAAGAAAGCGGGAAGCAGCCCGAGAGCGCCGUGACCACUGACACUGCAGAAGGUGGUGGGUCAGUGUCGACAGAGGGAACUCAUGCUCAGGCACAGGAGCAGGUGGAGAGACUUUUGGAGGUAAGUGCGGCAUUGACGAAGGAUCUGGCAGCGUCACAAGCAGUCGUCGAGUCCCAGGCAGCAGUCAUCACAAAAUUAGAGGAUGAACUCCAGAAGAAAACCCACAAUAUGCGCAUAAUGGACGCAGCUAUGAAAGAGGAGAGGAAGCGAAGGGACAUCGUUGCAACGAAGAUGAUGGAUCGAAGAGCAAUGUCCAUGGACAUGACACAUUCUCCUGAUGACAUAAGAGAGGCAGGAGACGACGCCGACACAAUGUCGACGAUACCAGACUUUAGAUAUGGAAUGAGAGCGGCUUCUAUCUGCAGGAGGCGAGAAACGGAAAGAAAGAUUAAGCAGUUGGAAUUACAACUGAAAGAUGAGAGGGAAGCACAGAAACGUCAGGUUUUGUCUCUCACCGAUGAACUUGGGCGGACAAAGGCAGAGCUUGCAGCCUCGCAAAGGCAGGUUGAGAUUCUGUUGGCGAAGUGUGAGCAAACCGGUGUGCCUUUGACGGUUGACCCUGGAGACUGCCAUGGUGCCCUCGUGUGGGAUGAUGCAAACCACCAAAGGAGCGAAGGAAAUAAUACAGUGUUCACCGAGGUUAUCGUGGAGCCAAGCGCCCAUAAUGCUACCGGAAAGGAGCUGGCAGAGGAAGAAAAGCUGUUCUUGGCGCAGCUGAAGAACUUGAAGGAGUUGCAAGAGCACUAUAAUGGAUUGAUUUCACGAGCACAAGGCGGAAAAGGGGAUGAUCAGGCAGUUGUGAAUGGUGAUUAUGUCACACAUGCAUUUGGCACAGACGUGACCGCUCUCAGAGCUCAAAUCGCAGAGCUCGAGACGAAGCUGGACAAGGAAGGUGGCAUGCUUAAUGCAGGGGCAGGCUACAAUAAUGAAGGUGGUAUGGGGUACACUCGUGACAUCAAAGCGCACUCAGAAGAUAGCUGUGAUGCAGUUUUGCAGUCCGAAGAGGGAAGGAAGGAGGCAGAGGCGGAGAUUAAACCGAGGGAAAAGGAAAAAGAAGAGGGUUCAGGCUGUCCGAAAAGGCGUAUUCAAGGAUUAAAAGCACAUUAUUCAGGAAACAAACAAACAAAUAGUGAUGGAAUGGCGGAGAACCUGCGGGAGGACAUGAAAAGGUACAUGGAGUGCUUGCGGGAGAAGAAGUUUGUGACCGAUGAAUGCAAGCAGUUCUCCAAGGCCUAUCUUGCAUGCCGCAUGCAGAGGAACUUAAUGGCUAAGCAAGACCUUGCAUCGCUGGGGUUCGCGGAGGAAGCUUCAAGGGAAUCACAAUCUGGGAAUGUUAACUCUUCGGAGGAAUCGUCAGAGAAGUUAUCGUCAAUUGAGCAGUCAAGAAGAAGGGCACAGUCAGGUUUUGUUGCAGGAAUCAGGCGUAAACAACGAGAAAGCAUCCCCAAGACAGAGGGAAGUUAAGGAGAGGAAAGGCUUUUUGAAUGUCGUUACUUGCUGCUGUCGAUCUGUCGAAUCGAAUCGUGUGCCUAUUGUGGAGGCUGUGAUGGUUUGGAAGCAUGCAACAUAUGACCUUCCGAGCCUUCUGCAGUCUGGACAUGUAAACAUUUUGGGGUAAGGUUGAGCUCUUUAAGCGCCCUCCAAGACCUCAGUCAGCAUGCAAUGCCUAAUCCAGAAGACAGUAUCAGGGAGCUGCUAGCCAACGAGUAAUGUACCACCCUAGGGUCUGUUGGGUUAUUCCUCGCUUUAUCUCAGUUGUCCCGGGUGGUCCACCUCUUGAAGGUAUCCUUCCAUUUUGUGGCUUUUACGGUGAUAUGUUUGGUAACCUUUUUCUAUUAAAGCUCGGAUCUCCUCUAGCCUCCAUUCCACCCUUUCCUUCCUUUCACUGCCUUGAAGUUCCUCGUUGGCUUCCAUCCCGCCUAUGUAGCGCAGUUUUGAGGAGCCUCCUGCUCCUGUCCCAUACUUCGGUGCUUCAUGGUACGAUCUUCGUGCUACGUGCUUGGUGCUUUAGCGGAUUCAGUGUUUUAG